UUUUUAUGUAAACUCUACACAGACUUCUGCUUCCUCAAAUAUUGAAUAGCAGUUGUUGGUGCUUUCACUUUCUGUACAGUGUGAGCUGGUGGGUCACAGUGGAGAAUUCAGGGGGAAAUUCAGACGCUGUCUGGGGGAGUUUCCAUUGCAGAGGCGGAGUAAACACUGAACAGUUUGAUUUGCGAGUUAAGUCUUGUGGACCUGAGCAAUACAAGCAGGGUGUUCAGUUUGUACAGUAAUAUUUGUACAGCAGUCACCGUCCUGUAAGUAGUUCCUCUAUUGUUUUACCUGUACACAGAAGUACCUCUCAGUUUUGUUACAGACACCUUUCUAUUUUCUACAACAAACAACAAAGUCGAAAUAUGAAGUUUCUGGAGCUUGAGAACGCCAUAAGUCGCUUCAGGUUUUCUCAGUCCUGUGUGGGGUUGGCAGGUUGCCUGUGUGUGAGCUACGCAGUCUGGACACCGUUCUGGCUGAAGGAGAGGGGACUCUGGACAGAGUGGAAUAACACUGACCAGACAAAUCAUAUAGGUGGCAAUGACUUCAGCGCCCUGAAGGCAGAGAGAGUAUUUGGAGUUCUCUCCUUCUUGAUGGCUGUGAGCACUGGGGCUCUGUGUCUGGUGUUUGCCCUCUGCUGGACAUCUGAGACGGUGCACUCCUACUCCAACACGCGCUCUCUCCUCAUGGCAGGACAGGCCCUGUACCCCACCACUCUGCUGCUGUUCACCAUGGCCUCUACAGGUUUCUUCUUUCUCCUCAGCUGGUCUUUUUUCACCUAUCAGCAUAGGGAAGAAAUCCAUCAGGACUUCUCCAGCCUCGGCUCCUCCUAUUGGCUAGGUGCCUUAGGUUGGGUCCUGCUGUUGGUCGUGGAGAUGAUAGUGUUUAUAGCUGAGCAAGCUGUUGUGCCUGACAUCCAGCCAGACUUAGAGAAAGCUGUGGAGUCCUGGCGGAUUUCCUCUCAACUUAAGGCCGCUAAGCGCUCUUUCAGUGAUGGUUAUUGCCCUGGAAACAGCAUAAGCAACAUGGCUCCUAAUAGCCUUGAGUGAAGUGCAGAGAUGAGGACAUGACAGAGGAAAUGAAAGUUAAUGUGUAAGUUACACAUUAAAAACACAGACUUAAUGAGGAACCAGCAAUUCACACUUGCAUCUUACUCUCACCCUAGAUAGAGCCCCGGCAUCAAGCUGAGAGGCCUGUUUAGGGAUCGUUAUUAUUAUUGAUCUAUACAACCAGACUAAAUAAUGAUUAACUGUGUUGGGAGUUCAAGUGUUUGCCAGAGGAAUUAAGUUGGAUUCCUGAAAGUCUCCAGCUUUCUCAAGAGCUGAUCAUAGCGGUGAUUCUCCACCUUGUUUCCUGUAUUGACUCAAAAGUAAAACACACUAAGGACCAACAAUACUGGCUGGUAAACUGGGCAGUAAAUGUAAGAGGACAAUUGUUCUCUGACAAAGUGUAAACUAGUGGUUGUUGUCCAGGUGUGCCCUAGGCCAGAAUCAGAUCCAGCUGCGGGUUUUUUUUGGUCAGAUUUAUGUUAUCAAAACACUCACAAAACAUUCAACUUGUACCUGGACAGUUGUUUUGUUUCAAGGACUAGUAUUUCAAUGUCUCUGUAUAAGCUGCAAUGGUGUUGAUGUAAGUUAAAUUAGCGCCAUCAUUAUAUAUUUUUUUCACAAUGGGUUUUUUGUUGUUUUCUACAAAGAAUGUAAAUAUCACUUUAAUGAUUCCUGUUUUUAAUUAUCUAUUGUAUGCAUGUUCAACAAGGAUACAUUUUACUAUGUUUAUCAUGUGCUGUCCUCCACAGCUAAAUAAAAGUCGUGUACGUUUACUUCAUGUGUGUCUGUCAUAGAGGGUAUUAUCAGCUCAUAUGGCUGAGCAAGAUGGUUGACUGCUUGGACAGUGUUCCUGCAUCUGCCUACAAGGAGUUGCAAGUGUAGUGGAGCAAAGGUUUUUUCCAGCCAUUCCUACAUAUAUCAGCUUUUUGAAAAACCAACCCAGCGCAUUUUCAGCAUAUAGUUCCAAACUAUGCAGAGUAUUUGGACCAUCCAACAACAGACUGCCUCCAAAGUCGUUAUUUACUUUUCUCUCACACAUUUCCUGGAGGAGAGGAAGCACUCUGACGCUGGACGGCUUAUGUUUAUGUUCUCCACCUGCCAAAGUAGGGGAGAAUUAAGUGGCUCUGGCUCUGUUAAUUGGGCGUUAAUCAGGUGUUGCUCUAAUUAAAAGGCAGUUCCACCCUGUUGGGCCCUGGUAAUGAGUUUGUUAUUAAAUCCACAGAGGAUUUUUGUCUCUUUUUCAAUUUACCAACAGGGUAGUGCUUAAUUGCUGUGUAAAUGAGGGGAAUGUCCUUGAAGGUUGUCUUGCAUCAGCACCCGAUCCAUGGAGCUUCCCCACCCAAACUCCAAACCUAUUCAGUUCACCUCUUUAGUCCAGCUGUGCCUCUCCGCAGUAGCUGUUAUUUUAAUCCAAUGCUAAUUCCUGAAAAAAAACAACCUCAUUUGCUGAAUUGAGAGAGUAUGUAUGCCACUUUCUCUCUUAAAAAAGUAUUUCCUUUUUCUAAAUUCUUUUUUCCCCCUGGAGGGUGUUGUCUGGGCCUUUGAAAGCAUACAGUCUUUUGUGGCUGCCGGUCUGUCAUAAACAAACUCUCAAUUUUUCCAUUCCACCACCACAAACACCUUCACCUUCCUGAGAAAAAUAGACCAAAGGUUGAGAAUGCCUUCAGAGAAAGACGGGCAAAUCAAUGCGGAGCUAGAAAGAAAAAGAUAGUGAGACGUUUAGGCACAAAAGAUGAAAUGACAGAUGAAUGGUGGAAGAUGUUAGGCACAGAUAGACAGGGGGGCCAGAUAGAUACAGAGAGAUUGUAGCUACUGAUUGUUGAAGGGCAUUUUCUACAGAGACAUCAAUCAGGAGAUGGCACCAAGAUUGAGGCAGGCCGCCAGCGAUUUCUACCCGCAGACAGAAGCAUGUGUAGAACACAACCUGGGAUAAACCACUGCUCUUCAUAUCAUUAUAGACCAAUUAUACAGCCAUGUUCUGCUAAUUACAGUUCUAACACUAUCCCGUCCCAUCCCACAGUAUAAUGCAUGUGCUUCUCUUUGCUCCUGUGUGCUUGUGCUCAUUGAGAUAUAUGAAUACAUGUGCUUGCUAACAUGGUGAAGCAUCCUGAAUUAGACUUUUUUUUUGUGCUGUAUACUUGUAUUUUGUGGUGAAGAAAGCAAGCUGUUGUUUUCAGCUUUACCUUUUGGUGGUGCUGGUGUAACAUGUUUUGCUUUGCUUCUUGCAAUGAAAUCCAGUGAAAUGGGAGACACUGCUCUCAUUUGACGAGUAAUGAAAUCACCAAAAAAAGGAAAGCGUGUGUAUUGUUUGUGUUUGAUUAUUAUCUGUGAGGUAGACAAAGUGUGAUUAAUAUUCUGUAGCAUAUUUCAAAGGAUUUUGAGCCAGAAUGUGCCGGACUACUUAAUAAGUCAAUUUUUAUUUGGCUCGAUGUGGGAGCAUGAUGAAUUAUGAAAUAAAGUGCGAACUUGA